AUGAUACUUUUCCUUCAGAUAAUUGUUUAUGCCGCUAUCCUAAGGGGUGUACAAUCAGCUGUUCAACUGGUGGAGUCUGGAGGAGGUGUCAAAAGGCCUGGAGACUCCCUUCACCUCUCCUGCCAGGCAUCUGGGUUCACCUUCAGUAGCUAUGGCAUGAACUGGGUGCGACAGGCUCCUGGGAAGGGGCUGGAAUGGAUUGCAGAUAUAUGGGAUGAUGGGAGCAAGCAAUUCUAUGCAGACUCAGUGAAAGGGCGCUUCACCAUCUCCAGGAACAACCCUUCAAACAUGCUAUAUCUGCAAAUGAACAACCUAAGACCAGAGGACACUGCCGUGUAUUACUGUGCAAGAGACACAGUGAGGGGAAGUGAAUCUGAAGCCAGACAAAAACAAAACUUAAUUGGAGGUCCAACUGGUGGAGUUGGGUGGGGAAUCAAAAGGCCUGGAGAGUCCCUCCAUCUUUCCUGUCAGUACUCUGGAUCAACCUUCAGCGAGGAUGAGAUGCACUGGGUACGACAAGCUCCAGGGAAAGGCUUGGAAUGGAUUGCCUGGAUAGACAACAAUGGUGACCAAAGCCCACAGUACUAUGCGAGAGAAAUGUGUGAAAGAAUUAUAUUCUGGCUUCAGUUUGUGAUUUUUUUAGCUGUCUUCAGAGGUGUCAAAUUGGAAGUCCAGCUGGUAGAAUCUGGAGGGGAUAUUAAAAGCCCUGGAGAGUCUCUUCGCCUCUCCUGUCGCACCUCCGGGUUCACCUUCAGCAGCUGGGAGAUGAACUGGGUAAAGCAGGCUCCUGGAAAAGGACUCGAAUGGGUUGGAUGGAUAGACAAUAAUGGUGAUGGGAGCCAACAAUCAUAUGCAGAUUCGGUAAAAGGCCGCUUCACCAUCUCUAGGCAUGAUGCCUCAGGAACGCUUUAUCUUCAAAUGAGCAAUCUAAGGCCCGAAGACACAGCUGUGUACUACUGUGCCAGAGACACAGUGGCAGAUGGAUCCCAUUUGGAGGAGGAGAGUGUUUUUAGGAAUGAGUUAUUUGGGAAGAUGACCAAGUUUACAAUGUCAAAUCCAGCUACCAGUUCCCCUUUAUCAUUAAAAGACACGGUUUCUCCUGCAGAAUUGUUGAAUGAAAUGCUUUGA